AUGAUCACCAAAAUGCAAUAUCUGGGGCGAAGUCAUUGGUUUAAUGUUGCACACCUUAUGCCCGUUCUCAUGGACUUCCUCAAAGAAGUAGAGACAGACGGCGGCGAUCUCUACUGCCAGCUUCAGACGUGCAAGUCUUUGGCGAGGCAGGUCAAGGCCUACCGUGUCCUAGACUCUGCCACCACUACCUCUUUUGGGAAGCGGAUGCCCACGAGACAGCUAGCAGAUCAGCUGGUAGAGGCCUACUUGAGGACCUUUGAGACUGUGUACCGCACCACUCAUGUGACUACGUUCCGCGCCGACUACGAAAGGUACUGGGCAGCCCCUCUGGCAGCCGACGGCUCCUUCGUCAUUCUUCUACAGCUUUGUAUGGCUAUCGGCGCCGCCUUUGAAGACAAUACUUUCUCGCUCCGCUCGUCUGCCUGCCACUGGGUCUUGGAGGCAAACCUCUGGCUCACAUUAGCCUGUAAGAGACAUAAAAUUAGCAUCACAGGCAUGCAGAUCAUCUGCCUAUUACAGCACGCAAAUAAUAUCACCGAUAUGAGCUCCGAUCUGAGCUGGAUCGGUGCCGGAACCCUCCUUCAUACAGCAACACAUAUUGGGCUCCACAAAGAUCCAAAGUCCUUCCCCGGAAUGACGGUACGCGAGGCAGAGAUGCGUCGGCGCCUGUGGGCUACAGUCCUAGAGAUCGUCCUUCAAGCCAGCCUAGACUCUGGGGGAACUCCUCUCAUAUCCCCCGAAGACUACGAUACCGAGCCACCCGCUAAUGCCAAUGAUGAGCAGCUCAUUGACCAUGCUGAGCCGGCAUCCCCAUUUACGAACGACUUAGAAGAGUGCACUGAGACGGCGAUCCAACUCGCCCUCCUAGAGACCUGGCCGGCCCGGCUAGCUGUCGCCAAAGCAGUCAAUGGCGUCCGUUCCACGACUUCUUUCAACAAAACUUUUGCUGUCAACUUGGAGCUCAGCACCUGUCUGCAAGAGAUUAUGCGACGACUGGGCAAGUUCCACAAGAUGGGCGGAAUCACCUCGUUUCAGCUGAGAUACGCCGAGUUCACCAUGUACCGCUUCUUCUUGGCCCUUCACCUGCCCCUCCUCCCUCAAGCACUGCAUAAUCCCUUCUAUCAUUUUUCCCGCACGAUGUCCACCGAUACGGCCACGCGCCUCGCCGCAAUAACAUACCUAACCCCUGAAUCUCGGGCGUUUCUGGCCACCCUCUCGGACUGGGACUUUUCCCGCCUCUUCCUGUGCGGCAGCGGCCCAUACCGAGCCACGCAGGCACAACUAAUUCUGACCUUGGCUGUGGAUCUCGCCCAGACCCUAGAGAAAGAGCCCCGAUCACACUACGGGACCCUCACAUCAGGCAUGACCGAGGUGCGCUCGAUCCUUCAGUCGUGGUACGAGCUGUGCCGGGAACGCCUCAGAGCCGGGGACACAAAUGUCAAGGCAUUGUUGUUGGCUCUCAUCUAUCCCAUCGAAUGA